CCACUUGGAAUAUACCAACAAACAUUCCCCAAUUCUAUUCUGUUUCUAUAUAAACAACUUCAACACCCUAGAAAAAACAGAAUUCUAUACUUACAGCCUAUACAUACAGACUAUGAGUGAGGCGUUGAAGCGAGACUACACCGUGUGCGAAGAGAUCGGACGGGGACGAUUCGGCGUUGUUUCCCGGUGCUACUCGGCCGUCUCCGGCGAGUCGUUUGCCGUGAAAUCCGUCGAGAAAAGACUGCUCGCCGAUGACUCGAUUGAUCGGCAAUGUUUGUAUAAUGAAGCUAAGAUUAUGCAGGUUUUGGCACCGCAUCCGAAUGUGAUACAGGUUUAUGAUGUGUAUGAAGAUGAGGACUGGUUGCAUCUGGUGAUUGAGCUGUGUAACUCGCCCGAUCUUUUUUGCCGAGUCAGUGAACGAGUUUUUGAUGAGUCUGAAGCCAAAUCUGUUAUGGUGCCUCUACUGGAGGCGAUUGCACACUGUCACCGAUUGGGAGUUGUUCACCGUGAUUUGAAGCCGGACAACGUGUUGUUUGACGAGUGGAAUCAGUUGAAACUAGCUGAUUUCGGAUCGGCUGAGUGUGUUAGGGAAAACGAGAUGCUGACUGGAGUAGUAGGAACUCCUUAUUACGUGGCGCCUGAGGUUUUGGCUGGGAGGAAUUACAAUGAGAAAGUUGAUGUGUGGAGUGCAGGUGUGAUUUUGUAUGUAAUGUUGACUGGUGUUGCUCCGUUUUAUGGUAAUUCAGCUACGGAGAUUUUUGAGGCAGUACUUAGGGCGAAUUUGAGGUUUCCAGUUAGGUAUUUUCACUCUGUGUCACCAGCUGUUAAGGAUCUGUUGCGGAGAAUGCUGUGCAAAGAUGCUUCUCGAAGACUCUCUGCUGAGCAAGUCCUUGGACACCCUUGGAUGCAAGGCAACCGAGAGAUGAGCAUUCCAAUGUGAAAAUUUUUGUAUGUAAUCGAUCGACCUAACUGUAUGUAUAGGCUUGUGUAGAGGCAUCCUUGCUUUUGUGAUGUUUCACUAAACUUUCUACUAAUUGGGUGCUAAAGAGUGUAAUUCUCUUUUUGAAGGGAAUCUUAUGCUAUGUAAAUAUAUGUGGCUUGGACUUUGAAGUUUGAA